AUGGACCAAGACGCCCCCGAAUCCACCGCCGCGGCCCCUCCGGCCCUCUCCGGCGGCACCUUCAUCCCGCCCUCCGUCACCUCCCACCGCCCGGCCCUCGUCUCCGGCGCGACCUUCUCCCACUUCUCCGCCAUCCCGCCCUCCCUCCUCCCAACCGACCCUUCCGACCCGUCCACCGCGCCGCCCUGCGUCCUCGGCGUCGACGAAGCCGGCCGCGGCCCCGUCCUCGGCCCCAUGGUCUACGGCAUCUUCUUCCUGCCCGCCGACGUCUCGGACGCGCUCCUCCGCGACACGCACCACUUUGACGACUCAAAGGUCCUCUCCGCCAGUGUCCGCUCGCAGCUCAUGCACACGCUCUGCACGCCGGGGUCGGACCUGCACUCGUCCUGCGGAUGGGCCACGACGGCGCUCUCGGCGAGGGACAUUGGCGCCAACAUGAUGCGGCCCGUGUCGUACAACCUCAACGCCCAGGCCAUGGACGCCACCAUCGACCUCAUCCGCGCCGUCUACGCAAAGGGCGUCAACGUCAAGGAGAUUUACGUCGACACCAUCGGGCCCCCCGCCACCUACCAGGCCAAGCUGCAGCGCGUCUUCCCCACGGCAAAGGUCACGGUUGCGAAAAAGGCGGAUAGCCUGUACGCUUGUGUGAGCGCCGCGUCCGUCUGCGCAAAGGUCACCCGUGAUGCCGCCCUCGAGACGCUCUUCCACGCUCGGCAGGCUGCUUCUGCUGCUGCUGCUGCUGCUGCUGAUGGACCGAUGGAAUGGGGCUCGGGAUACCCGUCUGAUGCAAAGACUGUGGCGUGGCUGAGAAAUAAUAUGCAUCCUCUGUUUGGAUGGGGGCCCGAGUGUCGAUUCAGCUGGGGUACUGCCAAGGACAUGCUCGAGAGCAAGGGCAACGGCGUCAAGAUUGAGUGGCCGGCGGAUGAUGAUGAUGGCGAGACAAGCAAGUUGACGGACUUUUUUGUGUCAGGAGGAGGCGAGGAGAAGCAGGGGAGUGAGCUGGCUUCGUGGUUUGGGACUCCAGCAAGCCAAGAAGCAUUCUGAAACGCACAAGAGGAAGGCAUGGGCAGAUUUGGGGCCUGGGUUAUACAUUCGAAUCUGUGGAACAAAAGGGACACACAGAGUGGCGUUAUAAGGGAGUCAUCGAGGUCGAUAGGUCAGGAAUAGGCGUUUGGUAUAUGGGUAGGUAGUAUCCGUUUUGGAUAAGCCAUCUUUAUUUGCU